AGAGCAUUUUAGGAAUGGAAAAAAGAAUAAAAUAAUUCAUACCCGGAUUGAAUCACGUCAGCCUCUACUAUCUCUCUCGGUCUCUUCAUCCCGCCUCCCUUUGAUCUUCAUUCCACCUCCCGCAAUGAACACUUCAGCUCGUCGAUGGCGAAUCGAAGAAACAAUACACCGACGGUGUACUACGGUUCGGCAGAUCGAUGAAAUUCCUCACCGAUGGGGAUUUUAUUAAAGAAUCGCUACCUAGGGUUUGCGGAGGGUUGGAAUCGUUUUCGAUAUCUAAUUUUUUUAUUCAAUCGUAUUGUCGAUUUGCCGAUCAUAAAUGCAAUCGGAGAUGAAGAAAAAGAAACUUGAAUGGAUUUGAUGGUGUCCAGAGUACUGAAAUAUAAGAAACAAUUAAAAUUAUUGUUUCUUAUAACUCAAAUUCCUUAAACUUCCAGAUCUUGUCGCCAUGGGGAUCGAUGCUCAAGUCUCCAUACUAAACCCAACAUCAGCCCUACCUAUUGCUUUCCAACAUGUAUCAACGUCCUGAUAUGAUGACUCCAUGUGUUGGUCCUCAUGCCAGGCCUUUGAUCCUAGCAAAAUUCAGGAUCACUUCGAGGUUUUCAUGAUGAUUCAUGGUUGUUGUCAACGCCUAAUGGAUCUUCAAAUAACCAGCUUUCUCAAGGCAAUUUUUGGGCCAAAAAAGAGAGAGCUGUUGUUGAAGGGAAAGGUGGAAGUGCAAGAGCUGUUGGUGGGUUAUGCUCAACUCCAGAUGUACAGUCACUUUGGUCAUAUGAAUGAAGAGAAAAAAAAGAAUUUAAUUACAUUCCUGCCCCUCAUACAAAUCAAUACAAAAUCCAUCCAUCUAUCAACUCUCUUCCAGGUUAUUCUUGAUAUUCUGGAAAUGCUAAAAAAGCCUGAUGUCAAUGCAAUGCUUCAUCAAUUUGGAUUCCAGCUGCAUUAUGAAUUGUAUUUUAAUCCCUUCACAUUAAUUUGGAUUCUAGAUUUUGAAGAAUUUGUGGAAAAUAUUGAAGAGGUGAAAAGUGAUAAAUUGAAGAAAAUAUAAAAAUUGUGAUAUGAAGAAAUGAUCACAUUGUGAAUCGCUGUAGUUUUUUUAUAUUUUAUUUUGUAUCGAAUAAAAUACUUGUAGUAUUAUGUUUAUAGAUUGAUUAAUAAAAAUGAGA